UGUCUUCUAGUAUGGCCCCUGCUGUACGCCUGGCCAUGACUAGAAGGGUUCAUCCUCUUGUAUCGCUGAAUCCUUACCAAGGCAGUUGGACCAUAAAAGUCCAGGUGACAAGCAAAGGGAGCAUGCGCACUUAGAAUGCUAGAGGCGAAGGUUGUGUCUUCAAUGUGGAGUUGACAGAUGAAGAUGGUCCACAAAUACAAGCAACAAUGUUCAAUGAAGCUGCCAAGAAAUUCUAUGACAAGCUUGAAAUGGGGAAGGUGUAUUACAUAUCGAGAGGAACACUAAAGGUCGCUAAUAAACAGUUCAAGACAGUGCAAAAUGACUACGAGAUGACCUUGAAUGAAAAUUCUGAGGUGGAAGAGGCCACUAAUGAAGCUUCUUUUGUCCCAGAAACAAAAUUUAAUUUUGUGCCAAUCGAUAUGUUGGGUCCCUAUGUCAACGGGAAAGAGCUUGUUGAUGUGAUUGGAGUGGUUCAAAGUGUUUCUCCUACAAUGAGCAUCCGAAGGAAAAGCAACAAUGAGAUUAUUCCUAAGCGUGAUAUUACUAUUGCUGACGAGACGAAAAAGAUCGUUGUGGUUUCUCUGUGGAAUGAGCUUGCGACUACUGUAGGUCAGGAAUUGCUUGACUCUGCUGAUCAAUCGCCUAUAGUUGCUAUAAAGUCCUUGAAAGUUGGGGAUUUCCAAGGUGUAUCUUUGUCAUCACUAGGCAAAAGCGUAGUAAAAGUAAAUCCAGAGACACCAGAGGCAAAGAAGCUGAGGUCCUGGUUUGACUCUGAAGGGAAAGGCAGCUCAAUGGACUCUGUUGGUUCAGGCUUAAUUGCCUCAUCAAGAAAUGGAUCAAGGUCCAUGUAUUCCGACAGAGUGUUCCUUUCUCAUUUUACUAGUAAUCCUUCCUUGGGUGAAGACAAGCCUGCAUUCUUCAGCGUAAGAGCCUAUGUGAGUUUCAUUAAGCCUGAUCAAACGAUGUGGUAUCGUGCAUGCAAAACAUGUAAAAAGAAAGUGACAGAAGCUAUUGGAUCUGGCUAUUGGUGCGAAGGGUGUCAGAAAAAUGAUGAAGGAUGCAGUUUAAGAUACAUAAUGGUAGCGAAGGUUUCAGACCCAAGUGGUGAAGCAUGGGUUUCUGCAUUCAAUGAAGAAGCAGAGCAUAUCAUUGGGUGCCCAGCUGAUGAGCUCAAUCAACUGAAAUCGCAGGAGAACGAGGAGAACCCAUAUCAGCAAAAGCUGAAACAAGCAAUUUGGGUUCCUCAUCUUUUCCGGGUCAGCGUUGCUCAGCACGAGUACAUGAGCGAAAAGAGGCAAAGGAUAACAGUGAAAGGAGUUGCUCCCGUGGAUUUCGCUGCAGAGUCUAGUUAUUUGCUGGAAGAAAUAUCGAAACAGAAAGCUUCUUAGUAGGGUUUGGAUAGGCUUCGUUGUCUCUAACUUUAUGUUGGCUUACCUCUCCUUGUUGAGUGGGGAGGCCAUCAUUUUGGGUACUCUUCUUUUGCUUGUAUGUGGCUUUCUGGGUUCAGUUAAAACAGGUGACUUGCUACA